UUAGUUGAUGAAAUUUCAAGACUACCUGCAUUGUGUAAAAUAGUUAUGGAACGCACCAAAAUAGUAGCAAACUCCAGCCACAUAUAUCCAAAAAUAGCUUAAAUUAAUUGGACUUGACCGUUGCCAAAAGAAACAGAGAAGAAACAGAAACCCAGGCCAAGACAGAUAAAGCAAAGGCCAUUCCCAAACCAGAUCUCAGGGCUCAUCAAUUCCCAAUUCAAUUUCUCAUUCUUUCUCUCCUCAGAAAAAAUCUCGAUCUUUCUUCUCUUUCUGAUCUCAAUGGAGUCUGGGUGGUUGAGACAUGUUGUGUUGGGCUUGGUCUUCUUGGUAUCAAUGGCAUCAGUCUUAGAAUCUUCAUGUGAGUUUCCUGCCAUAUUCAACUUUGGGGAUUCAAAUUCUGACACAGGUGGGCUCUCCGCAGCAUUUGGACAAGCCCCUGCUCCCAAUGGGCAGACUUUCUUCCACCACCCUGCUGGUCGCUACUCCGACGGCCGUCUCAUCAUUGAUUUCUUAGCGGAGAGCUUGGGAUUGCCAUAUCUGAGUGCCUAUUUGAACUCAGUAGGUUCAAACUUUAGCCAUGGAGCCAAUUUUGCCACGGCUGGAUCAACCAUCAGACCUCAAAACACCACCAUGCAUCAAAGUGGGUAUAGUCCAAUUUCAUUAGAUGUACAAUUGGUUCAAUUCUCAGACUUCCACAAAAGAUCCCACGAGUACCGUAAUCAAGGGGGUGUUUUUGAGACAUUGUUGCCCAAGGCAGAUUACUUCUCAAGUGCUUUGUACACCUUUGAUAUUGGUCAGAACGACCUCACUGCUGGUUACAAGCUUAAUUUGACCAUUGAACAAGUAAAAGCUUCUGUCCCUGAUAUGCUUGCCCAAUUCUCCAAUGCUGUUAAGGCUGUGUAUGCUCAAGGAGGAAGAUCAUUUUGGAUACAUAACACAGGCCCAGUGGGUUGUCUUCCCUACUCUUUGGACAGGUUUCUAAUCACAGCAUCCCAAAUAGAUAAAUAUGGUUGUGCUAGUCCAUUCAAUGAGGUGUCUCAAUAUUUCAACCGGGAAUUGAAAGCAGCAGUGGUUCAACUCAGGACAGAGCUUCCUCUGGCUGCCAUUACUUAUGUAGAUAUCUAUUCCCUCAAGUACAAACUAAUAACUCAAGCCAAAAAAUUUGGAUUCACAAAGCCUUUUAUAGCUUGUUGUGGCCAUGGUGGCAAGUAUAAUUACAACACAUUAGCAAGAUGUGGUGCCAAGAAGAUUGUGAAUGGGAAGGAGGUGAUUAUAGCCAACUCUUGCAAAGAUCCAUCUGUGAGGAUAAUUUGGGAUGGAGUUCAUUACACAGAGGCAGCUAACAAAUGGAUUUUCCAACAAAUUGUGAAUGGAUCAUUCUCAGAUCCACCAAUUCCAUUAACAAUAGCCUGUCAACACUGAUCUUCUUGUAUUUUCCUUUCUCCACCGUUGUACAUUUCAAUGAUUGAGCUCUAAAACCCCAAUAAAUUAUAUUAUUUGGUCCUUGUGUUUUGCACUA